CCUCCAAAUGGUCCAAUGAAACAAAACGUUUCAGCUUCAUGAACCCUCCAUAAGAAUUUUCGCCUGGAGCUUCUGUGUCUCCCCUCUCUCAAUGGCUUUCUCUGCGAACUUUCACAUUCACUGCCCAUCGCUUUGUCGUCUGCCCACGAAUUCUUCUUCUGCUUUGCCUCGAUCGUCGUCUUCAAUUUCGUUUAGAUCUUCACCCGUACAUCUCAAUCGUGGGAAACCCAUCUCGAUUCGAUCAAGUUCUGUCACAGCCCCAUCAACCGCUGGGGGGCUAACACCUGCAGUUUCCCUGACAGACAAAGCGCUGAAGCAUUUGAAUAAGAUGAGGUCUGAGCGGAAUGAAGAUUUAUGCUUAAGAGUUGGAGUCAAACAGGGUGGAUGUUCUGGCAUGUCUUACACAAUGGAGUUUGAGAAGAGAGAAAAUGCAAGACCAGAUGACUCAGUCAUCGAAUACGACGGAUUUGUUAUUGUUUGUGAUCCCAAGAGCCUCCUUUUCAUGUAUGGAAUGCAACUGGACUUCAGUGAUGCACUUAUUGGCGGAGGAUUCUUAUUUAAGAACCCCAAUGCCACACAAACUUGUGGUUGUGGUAUUUCGUUUGCCGCAGAGAUGUAAAAUCGUAUACACUGAACCUAAUUAUCAUACAGUGGUUAUGCUUUUGUAAAUUAGAUUUCAAUGAUAUAUCCUUGUUUCAUAUGUUAAAUUUGGAAUUAAGAUAUGGAAUGAUAUUUGUGAAACUCUUUUCACAAAUCCACUUAUGAAUCAAAAUGUAUGGUUGUCUUUGGUGAUUU